AUGAGAGAACUCAAGCAUCAUGAGCAGAAACUGCUCAAGAAGGUCGACUUCCUGAAUUGGAAGCAGGAUGCGAGCCUUCGAGAGAUCAAGGUGAUGCGAAAGUUCCAUAUCCAGGAUCGAGAAGAUUAUCACAAGUAUAAUAAAAUCUGCGGAAAUCUGCGCCAGUUGAUCCACCGACUGUCCCUUCUUCCUGCCCAGGAUCCCUUCCGGCAGCAAAAGGAGACCGAAAUGCUGAACAAGCUGUACGAUAUGGGUAUCCUCGAAAUCGGCUCAAAGCCAUCCGAGGUUGAGAACAAGGUCACCGUCUCCUCUAUCGCCAGAAGGCGACUUGCUGUCGUCGUCACCCGCCUCAAGAUGUCAGAGACGGUAUCAGAUGCCGUUCGGACCAUAGAGCAAGGCCACAUCCGAGUGGGCCCCCAGCCAAUCACCGACCCCGCCAUGCUCAUCACUCGGCACAUGGAGGACUUUGUCACAUGGGUAGAUACCAGCGCGAGGAAGCGGACUAUCAUGAAGUAUAACGAUGAGUUGGACGAUUUCGAUCUGUUGUAA